AUGUCUCGAAAAACAGAGGAUAAGCCCCUCUCCGACACGUCUUCUGCCCUCAGUAGUCUGCCCUCAUCUCGUUCCAUAUCACCCACACUGGAUGGCAACAAAAUUAUUCACAAACAAUGCAAAGCUCAAAGUGCUACUGCAACAUCCAGGCCUUCUCCUGGUUCAAAGGUGCGAAGCAAAAGGAAUAGAAAAGGAAAGUGGCAAGCCCAGAAAGAGGAAGAAUAUCAACUACCACCACCUCUAAAGAAGAAACCCCUUGACAGUUCAACAUCGACACCCACUCCACUUGAUCUUGGCAGCAUCUGUGUUGCCGACAAUGGGUUCAUGGUUACCAUGCGGAUUAUGCGACCAAAAGGCAAUAUACGCUCAAAGAAUUGGUUGGGCCCAACUCGAAAUUCAAGUUUCAGUUGA